AUGACGACGCACGCGGACGAUUCGGCGUCUAAGAAGCGCCGAUCAUCGACGAGCACGCGAUCAAACGCCGAGGUCGCGGUGCGCGCGGACGAGGAGGGCGACGAGGCGGUCGACGCGCGGACCAGAGCACCGUGGACGAGCGUGACGCUCGCGCGGACAGGAUUGGCGACGGCGUCGUCGUCGCGAAGAGAGAGCGGGAAGCGAGGGAGAGAGGAUGAAAUCGAGAUGCACGCCGGGUUGGUGAAGAGGACGAACGACGAGGAGGCGUUCAUGAGGUGGACGAGGGCGAUGGACGACGCGGUGGAGGCGCUGAACGCAAAGGCGCCUGACACCGGGACGUCUCUGCCCGAGCACUUGGUACACGCCUCGGAGUACGAGCGGAAGAUAACGCUGGCGUUAGAGGAGAAAUCAGCGCUGAUCGGUACGAGUGGUGGGCACAUCCGCGCGCUGGGGGGCACCUCAGCUACUCGCUCGAUGGACACGAUGCGGUUGGCGGCGAAGCUCUUGAAGGCGUGCGCCAAGGCUUUCGACGAGUCGAGACUAGUUCGAAAGCGAAUAUGGCUCGCCAUGGCAGCGACACCAGAAUCAUGGCGCUUGUGUUGGAAAACGCGCGAGGAUGAACUGAUUCGUAGUUGGGUGAAACUGUUGAUGACGUCGGGAGUUCGGCUUUCUAUGCAAAAGGAUCGAGACGUGGUGUCCGAGUGCGAAUCGUACGUCUCUGCCAUGGUCAAGGAGAUAACGAAACGCGAGGCGAACGGAGACGUCCCCGACGAGUUUGGUCGACGAGCCAGUGACUUUAGAACUAUCAUCCAGAUUUUCAAAACGAUUCACGCAAGUUUUGAGUAUUGCGCUGAGGCGGUUUGCGAUGUGGUGUUCAAGCCUCUGAAAGCGUUCACCACGGCAUCCAUCACAAAUGAAAACUUUGAUUCGGGAGUGCACUUCUUGUCUUGGGCCAUUCGCGCGGUUCAGAUCGCGUCGGAUCUCAGCUGCUUGAAAGAGGCAUAUCAUCAUCGCAUCACUCACUUCAUAGGUGAGGAUUUUCUCACUUGGAGCCGCACGCUGCUGGAGGUCUUCUACAAGAAUCUCUCUUCGAUGAGAGCAGGGAGCAUCUCCGAGACGCUCGGAGCGUGGUACGGCAGUCACCAAAACGUCCACUCGGACGAGGCCACGAAACGAGCUUGCUAUGAAGAGUUAUGCAAACUCAUCGAGAGUCUGGCUGCUGUUUCUUUCUUCUUUCCUUUGAAGGGCCAAAGAUAUCCAAGGGGGCACCGCACGAACGAUGAAAGAUUUUCAGACAAGCUUCAACGAAAACUCACUCGAUACGUGCUCGCGGUCGUGAGCUGCUGCGUGAAGGAACUGUAUGAAGAGAUCAAAGCCAUUGGAUCCGAUUUGACGAGACUUCCCAAGUGGACUAACGGUCUGAUGAGCACGAUUGAGCGCAACAAGAGCAAUUCUACGAAAGAGAUGGCGCGAGACAUUCUUCUCAAGUUGGAUAUCGGAUACGUCUUCGCUGAUCACGCGUGCAUGAGUGCUUGCGAAUCAGAUCAUGAAGCGUUCACGGCGGAUAUAUCGUCGUUGUUUACACUUUUGACCGUGAACCCGAGCAAGACGAGGAGUGCUGAUAUCGAGAACUUGGUCGAUCCAGUGUUCUCUAUAUUCUUUUGUUAUCUCCGCGCUCGGCGUGGUAAGGUGGGAAGCAGCUCGGACAUUCACGACUACGAAGCUGAGUGGAAACUUCUCGGUAUCUGUGCUUGCUUCGCCUUGAGCUCGGAUGAACAGGAAGAUGAAACCAUGGAUGGCGAAAUAUUGGCGACACGAUGCGAAAUGAUGACUAAGAAGGUGCAAGCGGCGGUUCUAGACAACUUUCUCGAUGUCGAGUCUGCGCUUCUGAGUGUUUUGGGUUUAGCGAGCAUUGACGGCUCUCGAACCGCACUGCAAAGCGAUGCGAAGACGAAAGAUAAAGUGAUCCCCGCCGCGCUGGCUGCGUUAGCCAUGUUCGUGCGAAAAAGUCCAGAGCUUAGAGCACAAUUUUACAAUUCGGGCACCAUCAUCAACACGUUGUUGGAGAUACGAGAGUACAAGGGAAUGAACGCGGGUCGAGCCAUCUCAGCUUGCAUCCUCGCAUUCGAAGAACAUCACAAGCUCGUGACGAAUCUGUAUAAACCAAGCGUGAAUAUCGAUACAAAGGGAGAGCGAGUGAUGGAAAUUUCCAACUGGGAUACUGACAAGCUCCGCAUAUCGCUCAGAGCUCUGGCAGAGGUUGUGAAGGAGUCUCCAUCCUCUGCUGUUGGUUUUGACACCGCUGUUUUGGAGGUCAUCUGCGUUGAUAGGCGUUUACAAAUCAUGAUGAGCAAGUUUACCUCGAGCUUGGCAUCGAAGAUCGAUAUAUCUGAUCAUAUUGACAAAUUUCACGACGAAUCAUAUGAAAGCUGGGUGUUCAAAAUGCUGGCGAGCUCAGGGAGGGUGCUCGAAGAAGCAGCGGAUGAGAUGAAUGAACGAGGUAAACCCAUACCAAGUGGGCUUACUUGUCCUCUCGUGGAACAUCUCCAAAAAACUUACGGCGUGUCUGGACCGGAAUACCCGCUCUUCGAAGAGGAAGCAAUACGUCCCAAGACGGAUGGAGUCCGAGAUGGACGGACUUUCUGGCGGAGCAUUCACGAAUGGUAUGAAGGGGUGAUUACGCACAUGAGGACGGUCAAAAGCGGACUCAAGGCUGACGACGAGCUCUCUGAUGUGUGUUGCAUUCUCAUGGAUGGCGAUACCGACAGUGCCUGUUCGCACGUGGGGAUCAUUGUCCCUAUUCUAAUGUUACUUCACAAGUGUCGAAUCUUGCAAGAGCACAACUUGGUGGAAGAGCUCGAAGUCUCAGGAGUGGGUGACGUUGAAAAGGAAGCUUGCUUUGUGAUCGGGUUGUUGGCGACGAAAGUUGCUAAUCAAAAUCGCAUCGCAGAUUCGUUCCAAGUAAAUUCAAAGAAUGGAAUCGAGCAGUUAAUCCCAUUGCUGAAGCGAUAUCAACCUUGCGGCACCGGUCCCGCCAAUGUUGCAAAUGCGAGCAUCACGAGACGCGCUGCCGACGCAAUCACAAACCUCGCUCACGAAAAUAAUCGGAUCAAACAUAUGGUGCGUGACGCCGGUGGUAUACCACCACUUGUCGCUCUUUUAGAUUCUCAAGAGAAAAAGGUUCAGCGAGCCGUUGCGAGCACGUUGAGGACGCUGGCUUUCAAGAACAGUGAGAACAAGAAUCAAAUUGUUGAAUGUGGCGCACUUCCAAAGCUCAUUUUCAUGGCUCGAUUAGAGGAUGUGCAACUACACAAAGAAGCCAUCGGCGUGAUUGGAAACUUAGUACACUCUUCACCACACAUCAAGCGUCGUGCACUAGAUGAGGGUGCACUGCAACCGGUGAUUGAGUUGCUCAAAUCUCCCUGCUCAGAAAGUCAGCGUGAAGCAGCGCUUUUGCUCGGUCAGUUCGCCGCGCGCCUUGAACCUCCGGCGCAGGGCGAUCCUGAUUAUAGGACUAAAAUCGUUCAGCGUGGUGCAGUCCAGUCUCUCAUCAAGAUGCUCUCACGUCAUCGUGAGCCGGGUCUUCGUGAGAUGGCUGCUUUCGCAUUGGGUCGGCUGGCACAGCACGGAGAUAAUCAAGUUGGCAUUUGUCACUCUGAUGGAUUGCAACCGCUUCUAAAUUUGCUCGAAUCCGACGUCGAUGAAAUUUCACACGUUCUUCGUCUAAAUAACGUCACAGGGAAGAGCGAUCAGGAGUUACAAGCGGACGCAAAACGAUUUGUAAACAACCUGCAGCACAAUGCUGCAUUUGCAUUGUACGGUUUGUCAGACCAUUACGACAAUGUUGCGAACAUGCUCAAGGAGAACGCGUUCAUGCGUUUGAAUUUCAGCAAUCUCGAGGUAGAACAGAGCAAGCAGUGCCUGACGAAGACUAUAAAUCGCCUGAAGGAUCGAAUUUUGCGAAAGGAUGUCUUCAACUAUCUCGCGUUCUUGAUCAGUAACGGCAAACCGUUCGAGCAGCAAAGAGUGACGCUCGCACUCUCAUGGCUCUUGAUGGACAAGAACCCGGAUGAGCUGUACACCGUUUUCAUCACUAAAGGUGGUCUCAAAGUGCUGUCGGACAUGCUCCUUGGCACACCGGCUGAGAUGAUAGAUUUCUCCGAGGCACAAACUGGACUCAGUGGUGGAAGGCGCAUAGUGAACGUCGUCAUGGAAGCGUUACGGCAAGUGAAGAAUAACAUUUGCCCUAAGAACGCUACAGAAUUGCAUACGAUGCCACCGCCAUCGACGCCGACGGCGGAAGAACACAUGCCGGCAAACUUCAAGGAUCCUGAACUUUCUGACGUGACCUUCAUCGGCAGGGAAAACGGCGAGCGCUAUGAGUUCGGAGCGCAUCAAAUCGCUUUCACGCACGCCUCCGAUGCGUUCCUGUCGGUUCUUGAUUCAGGCAAGCGUCUUCCCGACGGUACUCUCCUCGUGGAUCUUGAAGACGUCAGCAGAUCCGCACUCGAGGCGAUGAUGGAUUUCAUCUACUCGGGAACUAUCUCGCCCAUGUCGAGUGUAUGCCAUCCUUCUUUCCUGCAAGAAAGAUGUGAAGAGAUUCUUUCGGUGGCGACUCGCUUUGAUCUUUUGGGACUGAAGCACUUGACCGAGAAACUCUUCAUCGAGAACGUACAACUUUCGAAUCUCUCGCUGGACCGAACCUGCAAUGUAUAUCGCUCUGCCGUGAAGCACGAAGCCGCAGCGAUUCAAGGGUACUUGUUGAAUCACGUCCUCGAUAAGUACGAUGAACCGUGGAUCGAAGACGAAGGCUCCACUCUUGCUCUAGCCGAGUACAAAGUUCGCGUGAAAGCAAUCGUCGAGUGCUUCGGGAAGGGCUUCGUGACACACAUAAGGAGGCUCUUCAAGGAGCAGCAUCAGGAGCGUCAGGAACAGCGUGCCGCGACUCGCGCACGCGUCGAACACGAUGCUCAGGAAUGA